UACUUAGUGGCUCCAAAGCGACAUUAUUGUAGCAGAAAAACCUGUUAGUGUUGUGAUUCAGUCAUCGGACAGACAUUAUAUUUACAGCUGACAUAUUAAUAUUCAUAAUGUGUGAGCUGGAGGAGCAGCUGGGCUCCAUCCUGGAGGUAAUGGUCAACAACACGGUGACAGAAAUCACCAAAGUUAUCUGCGGCUCCGCUUCAACAGAAAACACUCCGAGGAGCCCGGAGGAGUCCGAAAACACCGACAGGAGCCCGGAGGAGAAGGUGUUCCAGGUCAGUGUGUUCAUGACGUCUCAGGCUCGAGACGCUGUGGAGAAGAUCUGUCAGCUGUUCCACGACUGUUCCUCUCUGCUGCAGUUAGAGGUCACACAGGGUGUUGCAGAGAUGGAGGACCUGAGGAGGAGACUGGAGGUGGCAGAGAUGAAGCUGAAGCUGGUGCUGGAGGGCAGCGAAGGCCAGAAGGAGGUGGAGGAGCUGACGGAGGAGAGCAGCAGAGAGAAGGAGGUCAGGAGGCCUCCGACCAACGGAGCAGAAGGAGAGAGCGUCCAGAGCUCAGGGAGGAAGAGUCGCAGAGUUGUUUCUAGCAGCGAUGCUGAAGUGAAGAGAUCUCCUAUAAUCCACCUGUGGAAAGGCCGAACUUAUGAGGACAGCAUCCAGCCUGUAAUAAUAAAGGAGGAAGGACUGGAGGCUUUUGCCGACCAGGCGUCCUCUGAUUCUGGUCAGUACCGAGACGAGGCGGGCCACGACGAUGAGGACGACCCAGACUACCAGUUGGAGCCAGAAGAUCCAGAUGACGCCGAUCCAGGAUUCACCACCAGACCCAAGCGUGUUUUAAAGCCCAAAUCCCAUCGAGGACGAGGGAAGAAGGAAGGUCUGAACCAGCAGCCUUUGAGUUGCAAACACUGCAGGAAAACCUUCACCAAGCUGCUGCAGCUCAAAGCCCACCAGGUGGUCCACGGGGCCAACACAGAGAAACCCUUCCACUGCUCCCAGUGUGGCCGAGGCUUUUCAUUCCAGCGGAGCCUCAAUGCUCACAUGCUGCUGCAUACAGGUGAAAGACCACACACCUGUGAUGUGUGUGGGAAGGGUUUCACCCUGAAGCAGCUGCUGAGAAACCACCAGCGUCUUCACGCCGAGGUCCGGCCGUUUCGCUGUGAACAGUGCGGGAAGAGCUUCUACCGAGCCCACGGGCUGAAAAUGCAUCAGAUGGUCCACACAGGAGAGCGGGCCUUCAACUGUCAGUUCUGCAGCAAAAGCUUCACAAUACAAGGUAACCUGCAGCGCCACCUGCGCAUCCACACGGGGGAGAAGCCGUUCAGGUGUGAGACUUGUGGCAAAAGCUUCAACCAAGCGGACACUCUGAAAGGCCACCAGCGGAUUCACACCGGGGAGCGUCCGUUCACCUGCGAGACCUGCGGCAAAUGUUUCAUCCAGAAGAGUGCCUUGAAGACGCACCAGAAGACUUCUCACUCAGAGAACCAGAACUCUUUGGCAUGUGUUGCGUGUGGAACCACGGUGGCCUGCGUCGACUCACUUCGCAAACACAUCCAGACACACGCUGCCACUAUCCCCUGUACGUGUGUGCUGUGCGGCCGGCGGCUCAGCUCCAUCACAGACCUGCGCUCGCACCAGCAGCACCACACAGUGGUCCGGCCUCACAGCUGUGGGCUCUGUGGGAAGAGUUUCAAGUCGUCCAGUUACCUGAAGAUCCACCUGAAGACUCACAGCGGGGAGAAACCCUUCUCCUGCGACAUCUGCGGUCGCAUGUUUACACAGCACAGCAGCCUUAAAACACACCAGAUUGUCCACACAGGAGAGAAACCAUUCAGCUGUGACACAUGUGGGAAAUGUUUCAGCAACACAGGAAACCUGAACAGGCACCAGCGGAUCCACACGGGGGAGAAACCGUUCAGCUGUGACACGUGUGGACGCAGCUUCAACCAGGGCAACAGCCUGAAAGCCCACCAGCAGAUCCACACCGGGGAGAAACAGUUCAUGUGUGACAAGUGUGGCAAGAGUUUCUCCUACCUGAGGAACCUGAAGGACCACAAAUGUUUCUACGUCUAGUGACGGUGAGAGAGCAGAAGGUGAGGGCCCUGUAGUUGCUGAGGAAUAAAUGAGUGGAUCGAUAAAAAACGAAGACUUUGCUGUGAAAGUGGUUUUGAUCAUCAUGGAGUUGGGGUUUCUAGAUUUGAUUUGUUUCACCUCGAAGAUAUCCAGAAGGAAAGUGGUAGAGAUAGAUGCAGUGUGAGUUCAGAUUAGUGCACUGCAAAAACGGUGUGUCUAAAAACCAGAUAAAAUCACUAAAUCUGAGGGAAAUGAUCUUGCUGCAUGGACAGAUAAUUAGAGAAAGAAGAAAAGAAAUUAACUCUUAAAACAAGAUAAAUGAUCUAACACUUCUAAAUCUAGAGUUUUUUUUAUAUCUUGGUAAGAAACAAAUAAUUUGCAGUGCACACUGUUUGCUUUAAGAGUUAAUUUCUUAUUUAAACCCAUUUAGGCCUAAAAUGCCUGGACAAAAUGCCUGUAAAACCUCUGGGCGAUUUUAAAAUAAGCCCCUAAAACCUGAAGUUUUUCUGUAAAUUCAACAGAAGUGUCAACGCUUCUACUAAAUAAUAGAUUUGUCAGCCUCUGUAGCAGAUAGAAAUGACAUUCAAAACAUAUUUGAGAGCUUAUACCUAUAUGUGGCUUUCAUGCAUGAGAAGUUGAGUUUAUUUGUCCAAACCUUCAAUAAAGUUUUUUUUUUUUUUAAAUCAAUUUGUUGCAUUGCGACACUCCCACAUGUAUUCUGAUGCUUUUCGUUGGCCAAGAGACCGAAAAUAGGUGGAAAAACUACAAAUACUACAAAACGACGUAUCCGCUUUCCCUGCUUUAAUGGUAGAAUAACACAACAGCGCCCCCGGUUUUAAUGGUAGAAAUGCGGUAAUGCUUUCCCGCCUUAAAUGGGUUAAGCAUACAACAUGCUUAUUUCUAGAUUUAAUCAUCUUAAUUUAAGAAAUCUUGUCAAGUGAAAUUAUCUGUCCAUGCAGCAAGAUCAUUUCCCUCAGAUUUAGUGUUUUUAUCUUGUUUUCAGACACACAUUUUUUGCAGUGUGAACAAAUACAUGAACAAGCUUUAAGUGACAAUGUGGAGACAGUAACUGUGGACACCAUCUUUCUAUCUUUGUCAAGGUUUAAGAGGCCUGGCUGAGCACCUUCCUUGUGUUUAAACUUUAAGACAUUUACUUAGAAUGACUAC